AUGGACAGGGAUCUGAACGGGAACACGCGGUUGCAGCAGAAGCAGAGAGACUGUAGUGAGAAAGCUGGCACUUCUGCCACUGAGACCCCUACGACACCUAAGCCUGGCACUGCUGCCACUGAGACCCCUACGACACCUAAGCCUGGCACUGCUGCCACUGAGACCCCAACGACACCUAAGCCUGGCACUGCUGCCACUGAGACCCCUACGACACCUAAGCCUGGCACUGCUUCAACUGAGACCCCUACGACAACUAAGCCUGGCACUGCUUCAACUGAGACCCCUACGACAACUAAGCCUGGCACUGCUUCAACUGAGACCCCUACGACAACUAAGCCUGGCACUGCUUCAACUGAGACCCCUACGACAACUAAGCCUGGCACUGCUUCAACUGAGACCCCUACGACAACUAAGCCUGGCACUGCUGCCACUGAGACCCCUACGACACCUAAGCCUGGCACUGCUUCAACUGAGACCCCUACGACACCUAAGCCUGGCACUGCUUCAACUGAGACCCCUACGACAACUAAGCCUGGCACUGCUUCAACUGAGACCCCUACGACAACUAAGCCUGGCACUGCUUCAACUGAGACCCCUACGACAACUAAGCCUGGCACUGCUUCAACUGAGACCCCUACGACAACUAAGCCUGGCACUGCUUCGACUCAGACCCCUACGACAACUAAGCCUGGCACUGCUUCGACUCAGACCCCUACGACAACUCAGUCUCCUGGUGUCUCCUCACAGACUACCUCUCCAGGUCCCCAAGAUCAUUGCAAACCUAACCCCUGUGGAGGAUCUGCUUCUUGUGUUAACCUGAAUACCGAAUGGUUCUGCGUGUGUCCAGAAGGCUACUACUAUCAAAAUGCAUCACCAUCAUGUGAGAAAGGAAAGACAUUCCCUGGAGAGAUUGGCGUGACAAUGACUGAAACAACUGACUUGGAUAAUAAAACCUCUCCGGCCUAUCAAGCCUUGUACAGCAAGGUUGUCAAAUUUUUUCAAAAAGCAUUUAACGAGACUGAGGCUCGUUCUGAUUAUGGACAGACUAUAAUUAUUAAAGUGAGUGCCUCCCCUUCUCUGUCAACAAGAUCUGCAAUGCGUGCUGCUGAUGAGACGAUCGUCAAUGUAUCAGUAGUAAAUAUGUUUCAUGAAAACACAAAUCAAAAUGAAAGUACUAUAUCUGCUAUAAUUAAAAAGGCAGUUACAAAUGACACCGACAUGAGGAACUAUACUGAAGAAGAUUUGUGUGACUAUUAUGGCUGUAACAACAAUGAAGACGGCUGCCAGAACCCUUUACAAUGCACAUGCAAACCUGGGUUUACAAGGUCAAGCCCACAGAAUCCUUUUUGUCUUCCUCUAGAGUGUUCUAGGUCCUGCAGUGCAGAGGAGAAGAAGCAAUGCUUAAAGAAUGGUGACGGACCACUGGCUUGUUUGUGCAUGCCGGGCUACCAGAAGUCCACCGGUGACAAGUGUGAAGCGUGUCCCUUUGGCUAUAGUGGCCAGAACUGCAAAGAUGCGUUCCAGCUGAUCCUCACCAUUGUGGGCACCGUUGCUGGAGCCCUCAUUCUCAUCCUGCUGAUUGCAUUUAUCGUCUCAGUGAGUUCAAAAAACAAAAAGAAGAAUGUGGAGGAACAGAAGUUGAUUGAUGAAGACUUUCAGAACGUACGAAUGCAGCAGACCGGCUUCAGCAAUUCCGGCUUCAGCAACUCCGGCUUUAGCAACAACUCCGACUUCAGCAACUUCGGAGCUGGCAACAGCAUCUUCCCCAAAGUCAGGACCCAAAAUCCUUAUGCAAACCAGCGAAGCAUGCCUCGCCCUGACUACUAGAAUGAGAAGAAUUUGGAGCCCUCCCUAGCCCAGCCCACACGAGCUGUGAUUUUGAGUGUUUAGAGGACAAGAGAAGUGGGCAGAGACAAAAACCUGACCUCCAGGGUUCUGUCUACCCCAUCUGUCAACCCCUCUGAGUGUGGACCUGUAUGAAGAAUGCAGCUC